AUGCGGCCCUUGUCACUGGUCAGCGGCGCUAGUGGCGAUGGGGUCGCUGCGGUCGAUGUCCUAGAACCUAUUGCCAUUGUCGGCCUGGCCACCCGAUUCUCGCAGGAUGCUACUACUACGGAGGACCUCUGGCAACUGCUGUUGGAAGCGCGGUCCACCUGGUCUUCUAUCCCCAAGGAACGCUUCAAUGCAGACGCAUUCUAUCACCCAGAUCCUGAACAUGGAGGCACUUUCCAUGUACAAGGGGGACAUUUCCUCACCGAAGACCCAGCCUUCUUCGAUAGUUCUUUCUUCAACAUCACCAAGAAUGAACUUUUAACACUGGAUCCGCAGCAGCGGUUGGUGAUGGAGAAUGUGUAUCAUGCUCUGGAAAAUGCCGGCAUCGCUUUGGAGAGUGCUGUUGGAUCCAAUACGUCUGUCUUCGUCAGUGGUUUCAACCAUGACUAUCUUGGAAUCCUCAACUCGGACCCGGAAACGUCUGUCAAAUACAAACCAACUGGUGUAACGAAUGCCAGCUUGUCAAACCGGGUCAGUUGGUUUUUCAACUUCAAGGGACCCAGUAUGACUGUCGAUACGGCUUGUUCCAGCAGUCUGGUGGGAUUGCAUCUAGCUGUACAGAGCCUGCGAGCUCGGGAAACAAACAUGGCUGUCGUCAGCGGUGUGAGUAUCUUGGAGAAUCCCGUCGAAACAAUCGGUAUGAGUCACCAUGGUCUGCUAGGGGCCCAAGGUCGUUGCUUCAGCUUCGACUCUCGCGCUGAAGGCUAUGCCCGUGGCGAAGGCGUUGGCUCCGUGGUCUUAAAACCAUUACACGCUGCCGUGAGAGAUGGAGAUACCAUUCGCGCAAUUAUCCGUGAGACUGGUGUGAAUCAAGAUGGUCGAACUCCCGGAAUGACCGUUCCCAGCGCUGAUGCCCAAGAGAGGCUGAUCCGAGAAGUCUACUGGCGAGCCGGUCUUCCUUUAGAACAGACCAGGUUCGUGGAAGCUCACGGCACCGGCACCAGCACCGGGGACCCGAUUGAAGCAGAAGCCCUGUCGAGGGCUUUCAAAUGCCGCAACGAUGCCCCUAUCUACGUUGGGACAAUCAAGUCUACCAUCGGACACCUAGAGGGAGGUUCGGGAGUAGCGAGUAUCAUCAAGUCUAUCCUCGUCCUUGAGUCUGGCAUUAUUCCUGCGAACCAUGAUUUCCAGCAGGUCAACCCGAAGAUCCCAGCCGAGGAUUGGAACAUCACAUUUCCGACUAAAAAUAUACCAUGGCCAUCCAAAGGAUUGCGCAGGGUCUCCGUGAAUUCCUUCGGCAUUGGAGGCACUAAUGCUCACUGUGUCCUGGACGAUGCUUAUCACUAUCUCAAGGAACGCCAUAUCACGGCUUCCCACCACACAACACCCGCUGUUCCACGUGCUGCAAGUAUCCUCAACAGGGUUUCAUCAAGGCCCAGGUAUGAGACUGAUCAGUCUGACAGUCAUUCAGAUUCUGCAGAUGACAGUGUCCACUCAAGUAGUGGCUUUGUGUUUGUUGACACGCCCACAAGCGAGACAUCUUGUAGCUGUCCUGCUUUUGGACCUACAGACUACAGUAAUCUGAUUGAUGUGCCACAAAUGUUCUUGUUAUCCGCUUUUGACGAAGACGGUGUCAAGCGGAAUGGGUCCGCGUAUGCCAGCUAUUUGAACGAUAGGCUGGCUCACCCGGGACCUAAUGACCAACUUCUCGAUGACCUAUCUUUCACCCUUUCUAAGCACCGGUCCAUGUUGCCAUGGAAAGCAGUCGUGACUGCAUCCACGGCCAAGCAGUUGGUGUGGAAUUUAGACGAAUCCAAGUUUUUCAAGACCACAAGAACAACCGAAGCCCCUGAGUUAUCCUUCGUUUUCACAGGGCAAGGUGCACAAUAUCAGGCAAUGGGCCGAGCGUUGAUGGUCUACCCGGUGUUCCGAGACUCUCUGGGGGAUGCUUCAGAGUAUAUUCGCAGACUGGGAAGUCCCUGGUCAUUGAUUGAUGAGCUGCUGACCGAGGGCAAGUCAACACGAGUCAACCUUCCUGAAAUCGCCCAUCCAGUUUGUACAGCACUGCAAGUAGCGCUGGUGGAUCUUUUAGCAAGCUGGGGGAUAGUUCCCAGAUAUGUCACGGGCCACUCCUCCGGAGAGAUUGCGGCGGCCUACUGUGCAGGCAAGCUAUCUCGUGAAGCCGCUUGGAAGGUCUCGUAUUUCCGUGGCUAUGUCUCAUCAAAACAAACGACCGCUAAUGGGGCAAUGAUGGCCGUUGGCCUGAAUGAAUCGCAGCUUGAACAGUACCUCAAUUCUGUCCGUGAGGGUUUGACGGGAGAGCUCAUCAUUGCCUGUUACAAUAGCCCCAGGAAUAACACCGUGUCUGGCGAUGAGUCCAUGAUUGACGCGCUUAAAAAGCUGUUGGAUGCUGAUGGAAUUUUUGCUCGGAAGCUUAAUGUCCAGAAUGCUUACCAUUCCGCUCAUAUGGCGGCGAUUGCCACAGAUUAUCUGGAAUUAAUGGGUACACUUGCCCCUGGGAGGCGACUGGCCGCACCACAUGUGGUACACAUGUUUUCCACCGUGACCGGUGAAGAGAUCAAAGACGAGCAUAUCCAGGGUCAAUACUGGGUGGACAAUAUGGUAUCUCCGGUUCGAUUCACUGAUGCCCUGGGGUUAAUGUACACGCGAGCAAAUUCGGAUGCACCUGAUGCCGGCAUCCCUCACAUCGUUGAAAUCGGUCCCCAUUCAACACUCCAAAGUGCCAUCAAAGAGACCUUGGGCCUGACAAAAGACGAAACAGGUGCAAAAUACUUCGCUCUUCUCAAGCGUAACGAUGACACGCUAAACACUUUGCUCAACACCGUUGGAUCCAUUGCCGUCAAUGGGUAUCCUUUGGACUUGCACAUAAUCAAUAUCGCCUCUCGAAGCCAGAAAAGAAGGCCGCCCCGACUUCUGGUUGACUUGCCGCCAUACAGCUUCAAGCACUCGGAGAAGGUUCUGUACGAGAGCAGAUUGAGCAGAAAUCUGCGGAACAGAAAGGUUCCUCGCCAUGAUCUUUUUGGGGCCCCUGUCCCAGACUGGGACGCCAGUUUGCCGAGAUGGAGACAUUUUGUAAGGUUGAAUGAGAAUCCUUGGCUCAGGGACCACAUGGUUACAGGCAACUAUGUUUAUCCAGGUGUUGGCUUUCUAGUCAUGGCUAUCGAGGCCUCGAGGCAAUUGGCCGGCGACGAUAAGCUCUCAGGGUUCCAAAUUCGUCAGGUUUCUAUUAAAAGAGCAUUGAUUGUUCCGGAAACGGAGAAGGGAAUUGAAGUGUGCCUGUCAAUGACGACCGAAGAGCCAUCAUCCGAGACUAGACCCUGGCGGCGCUUUCAUAUUCGCUCAUACAAUGAGUCAAGCGACAGCUGGACCGAGCACUGUACCGGCUGUAUUGCUGUGGAACACGCCAAGGGUCUCGAUCCCGUUGACCAUGGCCGCGAGGCGAAGACAGAAGCUCAAUCUCGAGAAAAUGACCUUCAACGGGCUCGUAAUACAUGUUCCUUACCCAUAAAUUUUCGCACAAUCUACAACAAACUUCAGAGAGAGGGUCUGAACUUUGGCGCUCUCUUCCAGAACCUCAGCGAUGUGCACGCCAGUGGCACGAAAAAAGGAAUAAUGACUGGCAUGGUGACAACCCCUGACAUCGCUAAGUCAAUGCCGAAGCAGUACAUACAUCCACACUUGAUCCAUCCCGCGACGAUGGAUAGUAUGAUACACAUGAUGAUUGCUGCAGUUAUUGACUUCGACGGAAGUUCUUCUCUUCUUACGAUCAGACUCCCAACCUUCAUUCGCGAAAUGUGGGUGUCAGCCGAUCUUGAUCCUACGCCGCAUUGCAGAUUUACCGGCCAUGCAUCCGUAUCAAUUGCGGCAGCUGGAAAAUUUCACGGCCAGAUACAGGUUUUUGAUGCGGUCUCAAAUGCCCAUCGGAUCAGAAUGGAUGGAAUUGAGCUCACACCUCUUGAAUCUGGAUCUGAGGAGAACCACAAUCGUGAGCUAUGUACCCUGAUUGACUGGCGGCCGGACGCCCAAUUCCUCAACUCCAAAGCAGCCUGUGACCUGGUCUCUCUUGACGAUGCCAACCAAGAUCAGGACCGGCAAUGGGUUCAACGGCUGCAACUUGUGACUAUGCUCUACGUCGUGGAUGCAAUGGAUGAGCUCAAGGAUCUCAAUAUCAUGGCUCUUGACCUCCACCUCCGCAGAUUCUAUGAGUGGAUGAAACACAUGCGAGAGAAAUUGUUCAGCGAUGCGAUCAUCCAUUUGCCUUACUCAAUGUUUCAAGAAGUUUCUCACGACCCCUCGCUGAAACGAUCGAUCUGUGAAGAGACUGAGAGCCACAGUGCCGAGGGCGCUAUCACUGUCAGAAUGGGUCGCAAUAUUAUUGCUGUCAUGCGAAACGCGGUUGAUCCCCUGCACUUGAUGUUCGGACAAGACAACAUCAUGGAAGAGGUUUACAAGGAGGGACUUCACUUGUACAACUUGCCCCAAUAUCUACACAACCACCUCUCCCUUCUUCGGCACCAUCAUUCUAGCUUGAAUAUCCUAGAAGUUGGCGGUGGCACCGGCAGCUUUACUGCGAAGAUCUUUGACGUGCUGUCCGCCGAAUCGGAUCCCAGUAAAGGUAGCAUAGAAAGCUAUACUUUUACCGAUAUCUCGUCCGGCUUCUUCAGUAAAGCGAAGGAGAAAUUCAACUCAUGGAGCAAUAUCAUGAAAUUUCAGUCUCUGGACAUUGGGAGAGACCCUGCUGAUCAAGGUCUCCAAGUUGGUACUUACGACUUGAUCUUUGCUGGCAACGUCAUUCAUGCCACUCCGGAUUUGAACACAGCUCUGCGCAAUCUAAGGUCUCUUCUUCGGCCCGGUGGUCAAUUGAUCAUGCAGGAGGGAAUAAGACAGGACUUCUUGUGGUACCCGCUCGUAUUCGGCCAACUUCCUGGUUGGUGGCUCGGCAAUGAGCCUAGUCGGAAAUGGUGCCCAUACAUUCCAACUUCUGAAUGGAACAAACUCCUCAGCGAAUCGGGGUUUUCGGGUGUCGACAUUGAAUAUCCCAGCUCAGCUGACGAGGACUUGACGUGGCAGAGCAUCCUUGUUUCAACCGCUGUUGCACCGUGGAUUUCGACUGCGCGGAGCAUUUUCAUCUUAACAUCGGGGUCACCAGCAACUGUCGAUGCGGUCACUGCUCUGCAAGAAACUCUCCAGCAAAAGGAAGCCUCAUACAAUGUGGCUGUGGUUGGACCGACCGAACUUGACCGCAUCACUGGAUCAGAUUCCCUCUGCAUCUCUUUGAUCGACUUGGAGACUCCCUUCCUCGCGGAUAUCAAGCAAGAAGAAUUCUAUGCACUAAGAACGGUGCUGAUGGAAUGCCCAAACAUUUUGUGGCUGAUUCCGGACCCCGCCAUACAACCAUUGACAAGCAUGAGCAUGGGCCUUCUGCGCACCAUUCGAUCUGAACGAGAUGCGGACGGUUGCAAUAUUGUGACAUUCGAUAUUGGCAACCCUACAGGUCUUGGUGGAAUCAACAUGUCGACUCUGAUAGGAACAAUUCUCGAGCACCAAUUCUUGAGCAGAGCUGAGAUCGAUCGUCACGCCGAGUACCGCCUACGAAACGGGAUUAUUGAAGUCGCCCGCUUGCGUGAGUGGCAAGAGUCAGAUAGUUUUCUGUCUAUGCAGUCAUCAAAUGUGGCCCCUGAGCUGAAACGCCUGGGAGAUGUCGGUCGUCCUGUUCAGCUCAGUUUCUCGAAGACUAAAACAGAUGAGCUGCACUGGUUAGCAGACCCAUCCAUCGAAAAUCCUCUCGGAGAUACCGAUAUUGAGGUCGAAAUUCGUGCAGUGGGGUUAAACUCGGAUGUCCACGAUUCUAGUCCAUCAGUCGAAGCUUCUGGUGUUGUUAAGAGCAUCGGGCCAGCGGUGGAAGGCUUCGUCCCAGGAGACAACGUUGUCUUCCUCACCUGCGACGAGCAUAAAAGCAGCUUCCGCACUCUGGCAAGAUUGGAUCAAAGUCUGGCUGUCAAAAUCCCCCUCGGAAUGUCAUUCUGGGAGGCUGCUGGGCUUCCGUCUGCCUACGUCACUGUCUUAUACGGACUCGGCGAGGUGGCCAGGUUAUGCCAAGAUGACAGGAUUUUGAUUCACGAUGGAGCUAGUGCUCUUGGUCAGGCCGCUGUUCAGUAUGCCAAGAUGAUUGGCGCGAAGGUAUACUCAACUGUGUCGACAACUGAGGAUCGUGAGUUCCUUGUAUCGGAACAUGGAAUCUCAGAAGACCACAUCUUCUCGAACAUCGACUUCAGCUUUGCUCGAGGCAUCAUGAGGUGCACCAAGGGUUCUGGAGUCGACGUUGUCUUUGAUUCUCUGUCCACCGAGGCUCUUCAAGAGUCCUUGGCUUGUGUUGCCCCAUUCGGCCGCUUGGUUCACGUCAGCUGCAACAAGGGACAAGACAAUACUAUGCUCGACUUUUCUUUACUGCAGCAAAACGUGACCAUGACAACCGUCGACAUUCCUUCACUAGUCCGAUGUCGGCCGAAACUGCUCAAACGCUUGGUCGUGGAGAUGCUUGAGCUACACGCAAAAGGCAAUAUUGGUGGAGUUCUCCCAUUGACGGUUAUGGACCUCGCACAAAUCGACGAAGGCGUCCGAGCACUGAAAAUCAGAGAAAAGAGGGUAGGAAAGAUUGUAUUCAAAUAUGAUCCUUCUGAUCUCAUACCGGUUACUCCUUAUAUUCCGUCCCCCUAUCAAUUCGACGGUGGGGCUUCUUACAUUCUCGCCGGUGGUCUUGGUGGUCUGGGCCGCAGCCUGGCGCGAUGGAUGGCCUCCCAUGGUGCAAGGAGCCUCAUCUUUCUUUCCCGCUCGGCUCGUAUAACAGAGCCAGUGAGAGAGAUGCUUGGAUAUCUAAAGAGCAUCGGUUGCAAUGCCCACAUUUUUACAUGUGACGUUGCCGAUGCCCAUCGUGUCAAGGCUGUUAUCGAGGAAUGCGCAGCCUCGCUGCCGCCCAUCAAAGGAUGUAUCCAGGGCUCUAUGAGUUUACGAGAUGGCGCUUUUGCAAGCAUGUCUGUUAGUGACUGGCAGGCUGCGAUCACGCCCAAGGUCCAAGGUUCCUGGAACCUGCAUGAACUUUUACCCACUGACAUCGACUUUUUUGUCAUGCUCUCGUCGGUGGCGGGUAUCUUUGGUAAUCGUGGCCAGGCCAACUACGCCGCGGGCAACGCCUUUCAAGAUGCUCUGGCAGCAUACCGCAUGAGACGGGGGAUGAACACAUACAGCAUCGACCUUGGCAGCGUGUCAAGCGUCGGAUGGGUGGCAGAAAACAGAAACUCAAUGCGCACCCACACAGCAACAUUAUUCGAAUUGCUCCGGGAAGAUGAAGUCCAUGGGGCUAUUGAGUUCCUGAUCGAUCCAAGAUAUCCAAAAGCCAACCACCGUGGAUCAGAUCCCCAGUCGCAGCUCGUGCUAGGCCUCCCGACGGCGGCGAUGUGCCGCCAGAAUGGCAUUCCGCCGCCAGCAUACCUGAACUACUCUCUCUUCACCCAUCAGCGUAACACUGCGACGGCGAAGGUUACGGAAACAAGUGACCAAAAAUCAGUCAGCACUGCUGCUCUUUUGAGCACCACGUCUUCUGUUGAAGCCGCGAUAUCUGUGGUAUCAAAUGGAAUUGUGGAGCGACUUUCUUCUCUUCUCUUGAUCCCUGCAUCCGACAUCGACGUUCACAGAUUCGGAUUUGGAGUCAUAGACUCACUUGUCGCAAUGGAAUUUCGCUCGUGGAUUGUUAAAGAACUGCAAGCCGAGGUAUCCUUGCUUGACAUAAUGGGUGCACAGAAUAUCCGCUCUCUUAGCGAAAAAAUUGCUCAAACGACUCGGCUGCUAAGAGGUGAUGCAACUUGA